AUGGGAGGCUGGCGUGACCGAGUUCCGAAGUCGGAACCUAGCCCAGCGAUUUCUAGCUUGGCUGUUACAAUACCGGUGUCUCAUGGCCUAACUGACACCACUUCUGCCGACCCAAUUCCUAGUUCUUCUCUUGAUAGUCUCACUAGGGACAUGAAGAACCUGGUGAAAAAGAUUCAAGAUCUUAGUCACCUUGGUAUUGAGGAUAGCAAAAUCAUGCUUCCAAAAAUAUGUGUCGUCGGCGACCAGAGCACUGGGAAAAGCUCUCUCAUCGAGGGCAUCUCCGAGAUCAAGGUGCCUAGAUCCGAAGGAACCUGUACACGAUGUCCCCUCGAAAUAAAUCUUGCAGAAAGCGAUAACAGCUGGAGAUGCGUGAUCCAUUUAUCCCGCCGGUACAUCUUUGAUCCUUCCAAGCGCAUGAAGGCGCCAAAGAAGUCGGAGCCACUGGGACCAUGGAUCGCGCUUGGUGGGCAAGAUGAUGAACAUUUUGUUACCUUGGACAACAAGAAGGAAGUCAAAAAGGCUAUCCGGUGCGCCCAGCUGGCUAUCCUGAAUCCAAGCACGGAUUCACAGGAUUUUGUGCCCGGAAGUAUGCCUGACAUGUCACACACCCCUCAGGUCAAAUUCUCUCCUAACGCUGUGCGUUUGGAUAUCUCGGGCCCGGGCCUCCCGAAUUUAUCAUUUUACGAUCUGCCUGGAGUGAUUAGCCAGACAGAACACGAUAACGAGAAAUAUCUGGUGAAUCUCGUCGAAAACCUAGUCAAAGAUUACGUUUCUCAGGAGCAUUGCAUUGUACUCCUCACACUGCCCAUGACAGACGAUGCAACCAAUUCCAGUGCUGCCCGUCUCGUCCGGGAUAUCAAGGGUGCAAAAGAACGUACGCUUGGAGUGUUGACCAAACCCGAUCGUCGGCCCUCUGACGAGCCAUUUGAUCAAUGGCAAGAAAUUUUAGACGGAAGCAAGUUUAGGCUUGGUCACGGUUAUUAUGUCAUUAGGAACAAUCCCGAUCCGCUCGUGAGCCAUGCACAAGCUAGGAAAGAGGAAGAAAUGUUCUUCAGUUCUGCACUGUGGACAAAGAAUCUCGCCGCAUUUGAAGAUCGCUUCGGUACAAGACAACUUCAAACGGCACUGUCUGACCUUUUAAUGCGUCAGAUCUUAGGAUCUUUGCCCUCCAUCAUUGCUCAGAUCGAUGAAAAGUCAAGUGCGAUUGAUGAAGAGCUCCAAACACUGCCAAAUCCUCCUACUGAAGAUGUGCAGCGGAUUCUAUGGGGUAAGACAUCGGAUCUUGAACGGAAGAUUCAUGAACUGUUCGAUGGGACUCCCAGUAUUGAGCACGGUUCUUCCCAGCGAAAGCCACUGCAAGAACAGUGGAACAAGAUAGUUAUGGAUCUGCAAACCGCCCUUACAAAGACACGCCCUAUCUUGGACGUUGCUGCGCCGAAGGAUAAUGAGGACCUCGCUGAAGCUGUUGACUCUGACUGUGAGAUGAAGAUUGUGGGAAUCAUCGCAACAACCCCGAAGAAAAGAAAGUCGCCUACGAGCGCUAGUUCGAUAUCGGAACCAGCAACCCCAAGAAGGACUGUGUAUAGCACCUCCCACUUCGAAGGAUCGAAGCCUGCUAGAAUAUCGCUGCAACAACUCACGGAACUGAAGAUUCGGUCAAACACAGUUGGUGUACCAAACCAGCUUGAUCCACGGGCGAUCGAAAACUUGAAUAAAAGAAGUGUUGAGCAUUGGGGAAAGCUGAUGGAAAUUUUUCUGAAAGCUACCCAUAGCCUCGUGCACGGUAUGCUGCUCGAAGCUCUCGAGGAAGAGUUUGCCCAGUAUCACCAAACCGGACUGUACCAGGAACUACGCAGAAUCUUGAGGGAGUUUAUGAGUAAGCUCCGCCAAGCUCAUCUUCAGCUUGCCAAAGACUAUUGCAAGUCAGAACUUGAGAUACCGUUCACAAUGGCCCAGGUACAGCAUCAAACCCUGAUGCAACAGGCUUCGGUCUCACUUAAAGCUCGUCGACACAAUGCUCGUGCAGCUUGUUGGCUGAAGAUUCGUGGACACGAUAUGAGUGAAGAGAAGAUUGCCGAUAAGAUCAAGAAGAUUCAACCAGAGCAACUUGAUCCUGAUAGAUACUCUCAGGAAAUUGACAUGGUGGCUAGCUCGCUGGCGUACUACGAUAUUGCGUCUUCUCGUUUCCUGGACGUCUUAUGCCAGUCAACUCACAUGAAGUUAUUCCGAGCUUGUCGUGCAAGCCUCGUCAAUACUCUUCGCGAUGAUCUGGAAAUCUUCGGCGAUAACGGUCGUGCCCGCUGUCUUGACCUCAUGACGGAGGACCCUGAGCGCCAGCAUCGCCGUGCGCAGUUACUGAAAGAGCGAGAAAAGUUUUCGAAAGCGCAAGAAUGGCUGGACUCUGUCCGAGAUGAGGACAUCGAAAUGGAGGACAGUGACCAAACUGGCUUUGCAGACAUCAAGGAGGAUUGGUAA